AUGCUUGGACGCGUGGCGAUGCUCAACGCCACCAACGCGCCCCAUCGCCAACGCCACAAGGCCCUCUCGCAGACCGGGGGACGGCGCUACGACAGCUUCACGCUUGGGAAACGACUGGGCAGUGGCACCUUCGGUUUGGUCUACACGGCCACCGACGCCAAGCGCCGCCCCAUCGCGUUGAAGAUCGUGAAGCUCCAACAUCUCAAAAGCGUCAGGGCUACUCUGGAGCCGAUACAAGUCGAGACACAGUCCUGGCGGGCCUCCAAUGGUCACCACAACGUCGUCAAGCUCUACGCGUGCAAACGAGUCGGCAACACGUUCUACUUCAGCAUGGAGGAAGCUGCUACCGACGUCUACACUCUGACUACCGCCAUCGACGACAAGCAACACCGGCUGCCCGAACCCAUCGUCCAACGACUGAUGGCACAAGCAUUGGACGGACUACUUUUCAUCCAUUCACAAGGCGUCAUCCAUCGCGAUAUCAAGCCCGACAACAUGCUGCUGUCCAGAGAUGGUCGUGUACUUCUAGCCGAUUUUGGGUGGAGCAAGGCGCUCCCGUUAGGCGAAAAGGCAAUGACACGCGGUGGAACGGCGGAAUAUUUGGGCCCUGAAUGCUUCCUCGACAGCCGCUCCUACACGCACUCGCGCGAUCUCUGGGCGCUCGGGAUGUGCAUGUACGAGUGGAUCGUUGGCAAUAACUAUCUACUUGAGAGGAUGCAAGGCAACUACAAAGGCUACAAGCAAAAAGUGGCCUUUUUAGAGCGAAAUGACGCGCUUUUCCCUCGCUGCUCGCAGUCCACGGCCCUGAUGCGCACCGGUAUUACACCGUCUGCCUUAGCUGUGUUGCGCGGGCUUCUCGCCAUGAGCCCGGAAGCGCGCCUCGGCUAUUCUGAAGAGGAUCCACGCAAGGUGUACGCCGCGCUGAUGGAUAUGCCCUUUUUCAACAAAGUGAAGCAACGCGCCAUUCCAGUCGAGAUGGUGGCAAAAGCCUGUGUGCUAAAACGUCGCCAGGAUCCCGAAUUGAUGAAACGAGACAUGGAGCAACUCGAUGAAUGGGAGAAGGCCGCUCUGCCAUCGGAGUACGACCACUUGUUCGCCCAAUUCGAGUGGAGCUGCGACGCCCUCCCAGAGACGGCCACAGGUGUUCGCGAGAACAAUAAAAUGCCCUUCCCGCCUAUCCCGGAUUUCGUGGCUGAGAAGGUCGGACGAGCUUCCGGAGUUGCGCAACUG